UACACAUAAAGUUUAAACAGUGUAUACACACUUCAACACUAUUUAUUUCCCUUGUAAGUUAAACAUUCAGGUUACACAAUAAUUUCAUUUUUUUUUUUUAAUAAAUUAUAGAUAAAAGUCGUUUUAUUGAAUUCAUUUCAGUUCAGACAGUUCAGUUAAUAUUCAACCAUCGUUCAAUCAGGUUCUGUUAGUUUUAAUCAAGUUUAAUUCAUUUAAGUUUUUUUUAUUUUUUUUUUAUAAAAAUGAAUUUUCAACAAAUUAACAACAGUUUUUGUUCACUUGUUUCGUUAGUACGAAACAAUGCAUAUCCUACAUAUCCAGAAUUCACUACAUUUAUAUCAAGAUUGAAAACAUUCAAUUUAUUUCCGUUGACUUCAUCUCAAGAUAAAUACUCAUUAGCUGAAAGCGGUUUUAUAUAUUCAGAGAAAAAAGAUAUUGUUGAAUGUUUUUGCUGCUGUAUUAUAUUGCAUCGUUGGGAAAAAGAAGAUAAUCCAUGGAUUGAACAUUCAAGAUGGAAUCCGAAAUGUGUUUUUGUAUUAUUAUCAAAAGGAAAUCAGUUUGUUGAAAAUGUAGUAAAAAAAUAUGGUUCUAUCGAAUUAGGUAGCUACAGCAAUAUACAAAGUGAAGAUUGUUCAUUUAUGUACGAGUUAUUACAAUUUCAUUUUAGUUAA